AUGUCUCGGGCGUACGCAACAGCCGGACUGGCCAAGGAGCUCAAGACACUGAGCAAGCGUCAACUGCGUGGGCUGCUGGGCUUCUCCAUCUGGUCGUUCUCCGGCACACUCGCGUGGUGCUUCAAGAGCAAGAUGUUCACCUCGCCGCCGCCGGCCUGUGUCCGGUUGAUGGUCCAUGCCAAUGGCCGCCCGGGCCCGGCGGUGCCACUGGCGGCGCCUACCCUGGGCAACUUGCUUGAUGACGCAACCCGGAAGCUCGGUCUACCGUCGGCUGCGCGCAAGCUGUACGACGCCCAGGGCCGUGAAAUCACCAAGCUCGACGAGGUGCGAACCGGCGCAGACGUGUACGCGUCGUGCGGCGAGAUGUUUGUCGAUCCCAAGGCGCCGCCCGAGUCGCCCAUGCAGCGGAUGUCGCGGCUCAAGCUCCCGCCCAUCUCGCAGACCCUCGUCUCGCCCAAGGUCACGCCUCACUUUGAGGCCUACCGCAACGGCGCGCCCCACAUGGGCUGCGUCCGGAUCUCGGGCGCAACCAUCCCUGCGCUCCUCGACGAUGCCACAUCCAAGCUGCAUUUGCUCUCAGCGGCGCGGUACAUCUACGACGGCGAUGGAUUCGUGGUCACUGACGAGCACGGAUCCGGCGUCGACCUCUACGCGUCGGCCAAGUCCAAGACGGUGCUCGACGUCGGCUUUGGCGCCAAGGUCUACAUCUCGUGUGGCGAGCCGUUCCGCGACCCACGGGCCAAAGUCGCCGACCACAAGGUCCACAUCAGGGAGCUGCCUGCUGACUCGCGGCUCCUGCCCAAGCAGGUCAAGUACGCCAUGGUCUCGCGGCUCGGUCUGGCGCUCGGCCUCGACAACCGACCGGUCCGGGUCAUCGCCGACUCGAUCAAGGCGCUCAAGCUCGAGGCCCGCACAAAGUUUGAGCUCGCCCACCCUGUUCGGCGCAUCUUUACCGAAGACGGUACAAUUGUCGUCGAUGCCUUGCCGAAGACCAGGUCGUCCGACGACCACUCCUCCGCGCCUGAGCGUGACCAUGGGCACGAGGCGGUUGAGAGUGAGGAGGCCACCCCGGUCGACGCCUCCUCGACGUUUGUGACUCAGACCGAGGACGCUGUCGCGUCCAACGACGACGAUGCCGCGAGCAUCAAGUCGGCGAACUCCUCCUCGUCGUCGUCGUCGUCAGCAGCAGCAGCAGCAGGAGGAGCAGCGGAUAUGCCCACCGUUCCCGCCGACGCCGACACUGCUGACGGUGCCGUAGCUUCUGGCGGAGAAGAAGACAGGCCCGAGUACGUGCUGUUCUCUGAGCUGCCAAAUGGGGUGCAUCUCUUGGUCUCGAUGCGCGAGCAGUUUGAAGAGCAGCGGUCGAUGGAGGACAUCCGCGAGUUGUCCGCCGACUCCCGACUUGUACCGGAGCCGGUCAAGCGUGUCUUUGUUCUGCCAAACGGCGAGAACGUCAUGCGGCGUGGGAUCUACGUCACUGGACGCAAGGUAUACGAGCUACUGGCAUCGUGCCAGGCGAGGUUUCACAUGCAAGGGCGGGCGCGCAAGCUCUACACGUCGACGGGAGACAUUGUGGUUGACUCGCUCGAGUACGGGGUCGAGGAGCCACCGCAGGCCAAGCUCAUCGAGCUCGCGCCCGUUGUCCGGCACGUCGGCUCGGACAUUCGGGUGGUGCCGGAGCCCGAAGCGCGAGCGCCGCUGACGACAACCGAUGCGCACCGGCGCGGGCGCCGGGCCAACGCGGUGCACGCGGCGCGGGUGGCCAAGCAGGCCUCGCCCGAGGCCAAGGGCGAGAAGAAGGCGCGCCUCGCGCACGAUCGCCCUCCCAAGCCCAACCCGUACCCGGUGGAAAAUUGUGUGGAGCUCGACUCGCUAGCCAACGAGACUGUCCUCUGGGUCUCGCAUGGGCCCAAGUUCUCGGCGACGACGCUUGGCGCGGCCAAAGACGCGCGCGAAGAUAUCCCGCCCAUCCCGCCGCACUCGCGACUGCUGACCAAGAAGGCUGCGCGAGUCAACGUCUACAAGAACGGCUGGUAUGACUCGGGCAAGAUGAUCGUGGCAUCGAACCUGGACGAAUUGUUUGCGCGGGCGACCGAGGCGCACGCGUUGCAUGCCCGCGCGCGCGCUCUCUACACCCUCGAAGGCGUGCAGAUCCGAGACAUGGCCGCACUCGAGCCGGACAUGGAAGUGGUGGUGACGACAGGUGAGCCGAUGAAGGCCCGCAAGUAAAAUCAGACAUAGGAG